AUGUUGGCAUCGCCUAGCGUCCAAGUUGAUAUUGAAUUGGAAACUAGAAAGUAUGUUGCAGUCAGUCCGGAAGGCGACUUUGUAGUUGAAUUUGUAGUAAAAGAAAAUUUCGAAUUUGAAUUAAAAAUUCAUAUUACUGAAAAUUUGAACAAUAAAGAUGUAGGUGACCGAAUAUCAUCAAAAAGAAAACUUUCUGGUAUUCCUACCACAUUUGAAUUUACUAAAGAGCAACUAGAUAUAAUUAAGAAUGAGAGUACAAAUAUAUUGAGGUGGUCUGUUGCCGUAUCAGAUAAAUCAGCUAGCUUACCAGAAUUUAGAAUAUUAGCAAUAUCUUAUGUUAACCUUGAAGACAUGAAAUAUUAUAAGAAAAAUUCUAGUGAAAUACAUCUUUCAGAAACCAAAAAUAAUGGAUUUACGUUUGUUUUUAUUAUUGCCGAUAAUUAUUCAAUUAGUAAUAUCGAAGAAAAAUCAUUAAUUGAAUAUGGUGGGAUAGUCGAAUUAUUUUCCAGUCAAAAUGCUGAUGAAUAUUUCUUUAUUAUCUUGACACUUUCAGGAAUUUGCAAGUAUCAUAUAAAGGAUGAAUCUAUUAACGAUAAAAACUUACAAAGGCUAAAAUAUCCAAGAAGAACAUACAAUGCCAUCAUUAAUAAUAUAAAUGCGCGUUUUGAUGAUUAUGAUUUUGAUAAAGCAUGUCAUGUUGCAUAUAAUUCUAUAUGCGAGUAUAUCGAAAGCUGCUUACAUAAGCAUUAUUUUUUGGUCGAUACUAUUAAAGAAGGCAUAGAAUACAUGGAACUUUAUGAUUUAAAGACCAACCAAUUAGUAAAUAUUUUUAAGAGGCAGAAUUUAGAUCAAUCAGUCUUGUUAGAUCUUUCUACUUUAUCUUACGCAAUAUCGGACGAUAACAGAUUGUUAGCAUAUGUACCAUCAUCCACUGGAGAUAUUAUAAUAUAUUCGGUUGAAUCCGGUAUUGAAAUAGCGAAGAUUGAACAUUUUAUAAAUAUAAAGGACGCAUUUGGACAAAUAUUUAUUGAUUUUUUUGGUGAGAAGUUACUUAUAUAUCAUUCAAAAGACGAAUGGUUUGUCUGGGAUAUUUUCGGUUCAUUACGAGAUUCUGUCAAAUUAGGAAAUCCAGGAUUUACAGUGGAGCUUCCAUUAGCAAAAAAAUUUGGAGUACAACGAUCAAAUUCAUCCAUAGUUGUUGAUAUAGGUAGUGAACUGGUUAUUUAUGAUGAUCAGAUCAUUGAUAAAUAUUUGCAAUAUCUAAAGAAAAAUGGUGAACAACAUUGGAAGCAAUUACCAAUAGAAUAUUUUUCUAUGCAAAAUUUAUAUAAUUACAUCCUAAAUCUUCAUAAUAGAACAUCAAUAGACAAAUUAGAUAAAUAUUUUUCGAGAAAAAGUCUCCAAUCUUCUUAUAAAAAUAUAACAUUAGAAAAAUUAGAUAUAGCUCCUCACGAAAAAUUAAAUUUAGAGGCAUUAGAUAAGAAUUAUGUGAUAAUUGAACCCUGGUCAACAGAAUCUUUUGGAUCUUUUGGACGUCCACGGUAUUCAUUCUAUCUUGAUGAGGAAAAAAAAAAGCUACUUUUAAUUGGAAGCCAUACAAUUCAAGUUUGGCACAGAUAUGAUCAAGGUCAUAAAAAAAAAAGAUCACUUGAAUUCAUUCAUAUACCUUUAUCGCAUUUGCACAAUAUUUUUGAACUUGAAAUGAAAAAAUUGGACCUUCAAGUAAUAAAAGUAAUAGAUUUCAAAUAUUGCACUGGAAAAUUCAAGCUUAGCAUUCAAAUUAAUGAUGAAUAUUUCUCCGCUUACAAAAAACUUGAACAGUUUCUUAACAAGGAUAAGAAAUUAAAAUUCAAUGAUAUUAUCAAACAAACACGAAAAAUAAUCUUUAGAUUUAUUAGAUUGCAUCCAACUGCUUGGCGGCUAUUAGAUAUUCGCUUUGAUUUAAUGAGUGUUCUUAUUGAAACUGGAGAUUAUGAACUUGUCUAUAGUAUUUUAUCUUCUAAAAAACUGACUCAUGUACCCCAAUACCUUUCUUGGUCAGGUGGAAAAAAUACUAUUCGUACUGCACUUUCAGAUCGUAAUAUGCUGGCACUUUUGUUAGAUUACUAUACUAAGCAUGCAGAAGAUAAUAUUGGAUGGAUGAAUACGGUCGCAGAUGUCUUACCAGAAUUAUAUAAGAGUAAUAAAACGAAGGAGGAGAAAAAAGGUGAUAAAAUUGGAUGGAUGAAUAAAGUUGUAGAAUCUUACACAUAUUAUGCUCAAAUGUUAUUUUAUAAUUCCCGCUUUGGCGACAAAAGAUUGGAUUUACUCUCUUUUGAAUUUCUUAAAAUUUCACCAGAGUUAGAUGGUUUAUUAAAAGUUUUUAUACCUAUAACACAGUUGAUUCCACAAGAUUCUGAAUUGGAUCUGCAAGAGAUUGAUUCCGAUAAAAUUGAUGAUAUUCGUAUGGUACCUUUACCAGAUUUUACAACAAAUAAAAGAAUGCUUUCAGAUGUAAAAGAAGGAAAACUUACGAACUAUCUAAAGUUUUUAAUUUUCGCUACUCUUGAAGAGCAGGAUUAUAGUCCCUUUAUUAAAAUAAUCAAAGAUGUUGGGCUUAAUAUUUUAUGUGAAAACCCAUCAAUGGGUGCUAUCAUGAAUUGGAUGUGGUAUUCUUCUAAAUUUAUUCUCCUUGGAUAUUCAUCUUACAUUGGACUAAGUCAAAAAUCGAUUGUUGUUGGAGGAGAAUCUAAUAAUCCAUUUUCAAGUAUUAUUGGUUCUAUGCUUGCAGUAUAUAAUUGGUCUUCAAUGUCAUUAGAUACAUGGAAUUUUUGGCCACUUACUGUAAUUAGUGUGAUUGGAAGUUUUAUUUUUGUGAUUAUAUUACAAAAUGUUAUAAUUUCAUUUAUGAGUGAAGCUAUCUCACAUGCGGUUAAUAAUAGUAGAGGGAUAUAUAGUUAUCAAGUUGAUUUUAUUUAUGAUUUUGCUCUUCUUGAAAGAUCAUUAGAACUUAAUGAGAUAGAUUCCAAGUUUAAGGAUAAACUAAACGCAAAAUAUAUCUGUUAUUCUGAUGAUCCAUCUAUCACGGAUUCAUGGAAAAAAAAAUCUGAACAGAUGAAAUUAAAGCUAAAUUCUAAGCUUUCAAAAUUACGUAUAAGUGAUUUUGAAACUUGGACAACUGAAAGUUGUGAAUUUAUUUGGAAAAAAGAGAUAGAAACCGUGGAUUCUCCUCCAGAGGAUAAUGAUUAG